AUGACGGCUUCCAACAUCUGCAGGAACUUACACUCCGUCCAGGUGGGGACCGUGCUAGAAGUGGGAACAUCGUCGCUGAUCACACCAGAUACGCUUAGAAUCCUUGUGUUGGCUGCACUCCACACCAGGCGUACUUUUGUUCAUGUGAGCCCGUUUGCUCUCGUGCUGGAUGUCCGUCUGUCUGCCGGUCUCUCAGCUCUAGCAUCCACCCGCGGAUACCUGGCCUUUGUCUCCACGUGGAAGCGUACCUGGACACUGAACUACUGGUUUGAAGAGCACUGCAAGGCCACAUCAGAUACCAAUCUCGUCACUGCAUCUUUGAAAGUAGAGAACCUGCUCGCUACCAAAAAGAAACCUUUCACAGAAGGUGAAGAAAUAAUCGUACCAGUAAUGAACAUCCUUUCGGAAGAAGUGCUUCAUGAAAGUGCUGCUACGAAGCUGAAUGAGGUCCCCCUUUCAGCCACAACAACUGAACAACGGACGCUGGUGAUUGCUGAAGACCUGCUUUAUCUGUCUCACCCCAAUAGAUACAUCGCCAUCAUGCACCCGUUACGGCCUCGCAUGGGACGGAAGGCCACUAUCCUCAUCGUGGUGUGGAUAUGGGUAUCAUCCACCUGUCUAUCCAUGCCCAACAUGCUCUUCUUCACUACCGCCCCGCUGCCCCUCAAGGAUGGUGACACCAGGGUAGUGUGUUAUGCCCAGUGGCCUGAUGGUGACCAAGGCUACAGCCAGUCAGAAUAUGUACAUACGGUAGUGCUGAUGGUGUUGACGUACAUCUUGCCGCUGUUAUGUAUGGGCUUCACGUACGCGCGUAUUGGCAUGACUCUGUGGGGGAGCCGCAGCAUUGGUGAGCAAACUCCGAGGCAGGUGGAGAGCAUCAAGUCCAAAAGGAAGGUAGUGAAGAUGAUGAUCGUGGUGGUGUCGAUCUUCGCUAUCUGUUGGCUGCCUUAUCACCUAUACUUCAUCCUGUCCAAUCUGAUGCCGGAGAUAGCUCACACCGACUACAUCCAGGAGACCUACCUGGCCAUAUACUGGCUGGCCAUGUCCAACUCUAUGUACAAUCCUAUGAUCUACUGCUGGCUCAACAACAGGUUCCGCCAGGGCUUCAAGAAGGUGUUCUCCGGCUGGUUACCCUGCGUGCAUUACUACGAGCGAGAGCCAGUCGAGGUAACCAGGGUCCACACCACAAGGUUCUCCUGCUCGGGGUCUCCAGAAACUCUCCAUCGGAUAGCCUACGACGGCUCAUCACACAUUUCGAUGAGGACUUACGUGUCCGACGCGGGAGGCGGCAGCAACGGCGCCAGGACCCAGCCAGUGAGAGUGUGCAACGGUGCCAACAUGAGGAGGGCCACGAACGGAGCCAAUGCCAAUACCAGGAACUAUGGAGGCUUGCUGACCACCGCUAAGAACACCAAGUAUCCCGCCGUGUCCUACCAGUACGUGUGAAGGGCUGACGACGAGGGAUAGAGCCCAGUGUCCUUGAAACAACAACAGCUGGUGGUGUUGUUGGUAGCGGCGGCUAUUUUACGGGGAUGGAGAGUGUAGGCAAGAACUAUAAGUUUGUAAGGUCUACGAGGCUACUGUGACUAACACUACUGAUUGAUAUUGAAGUCUUAAAGAAUCCGUUGUUAGAGUCAUGCACGUGGGAAGGGGGGCUCAGUGGGGAGGUGAGGAACUUGGAAAAUUUAAUUUGUGGUAUGUCAGUGGUCCUCACUUUGAGAUUAUAUCACUGUUGGUUUGAGGGAGAGACACUGAGACACCAGCAGCCAGGACCUACACCUCCCAUACCCCUAGGCUACACCCAAGACUCAAUCUCAAUUAAAAAAAAGAAAAUCCUCGACAUUAUCAAAAACUCCAGGAACAUGUACAGUGUACAUGAAACGUACAGCAGCAAACAUCGUGUCAAUUUGUGUAUCACGGACAUUUAGGACCUUAAGCUCUCAGCCUCAACAAAUAGUUAAUCUGGUCGCCAGGAUAAGAACCAUAGACUUAGUUAGCGUCAAAAUCUCUUCGGGUGGAGAUGGAGGUGAGACAGUCGUACUGAGAAGUAGGCGUCCACAGGCUCCUGAUCAUAUCAUACAGACAAGACGGCGGAACGAGAAGUACUGUAUUGUAGCGCACACCAAUGAUGUGGGGGGGAUAUAUAUAUAUAUAUAUAUAAA